GACAAAUGGAACGAUGAAGGAAGACAAUUUACUUAACGCAAUUAACGCAUUGAGUGAAAAAUUUGAGUUGAUCAAUAAAAUACAAAUACCAAAGUUAAGUAAUGAAUUAUUACACCUUAAAUCUGUUACCGAUUGUAUUGUUAAACAAAAUGAAUGUAUACUACGAAAAAUUGAUGAACAUGACGUUCAACAUAAGAAUAAAAAAAGAAACUUGAAGAGUUCGUCACAAAGUUUACGCAAAAGAAAUAUUAACUUGUCAUCAAAUAUGAAGUGUAAUGAGAAGAGCGAUAAUGUUCCAAUAUUACCUGUAGCGGAAAAGACAGUCCGAUUUAGGCCGCGAAAGAGAUCGUAUGUGUUAAAUAGACUAUUUCAUUUAUUAAAUAGGAAAUUAUACCAAACAGCAUCGCCUAGAAGAAGCGUUUAACAGUUUGUACCUAAGUAGAUAGUUAUUUUAAAAUUUAUAAUAACAAAGUGGCUAUUUUUUACAUCUUGAGUUUCUCUAUCUUUUACUGAAGUUGUAUUUUGUUUCCCUACAUUGAUAUUUACAAUAAGACAAAAAAAAUAUUUUGAUACUGAAGGUAUUAAUUGGUUGAUGAUUCUUAUAAGUAAUAUCAUAACCGUCAACUCACGAUUUAAACAGAACUUGUUAUACCUUCACUAGUUUGAUUUGAAUGAGUUUAAUGAAUUUGAAAUUUUAGGUAUAUUUUUAUAGUAUAAUUUUAAUAGUUAAUCAUAUGCAAUACACCUGUUUUGUCACCAAUUUUCAGCAAAAAUUUAAGAAACAUUUUAGUGAUUUUUUUGGGUCUGCAAAGAUGGUUUGUUUGAUUCUGUAUGAUGACGAUAAGACCUCCCUUUUGUCA